GGCAACAUUUGUCUCCAAAGGAAAUGUUAUUCAUUCCACACAGUAGCUGGGCAAGUGUGCAGCAGUUAUGUGGAUAUAACUCUAAAGCAUUCUUUGUCGAUGCCACCUGAUGAGUAAAGUGAUUGAAAAUAUGGAACAUGUCCAGACAAUCAAUGAAACAACAAUAACUACAUUUAUUCUUCUGGGAUUUGGAAAUGCCCCUGAGCUUCAGAUUCCUCUCUUCUUGGUUUUCGUAAUAAUCUACGGCAUGUCCCUGGCUGGAAACAUCACCAUCAUUGUGUUAGUAACCCUGGAUCAUCACCUUCACAUCCCUAUGUACUUCUUCCUUGGAAACCUGUCCUGUGUGGAGACCUUCUAUAGUUCAACAUUUCUGCCCAGGAUGUUGGCCAGCUUCCUGACAGGGGACAGAACUAUUUCAGUUGGGGGCUGCUUCAUACAGUUUUAUUGUUUUGGUACAUUUCUGCUUGUAGAAAUCUACCUUCUGGCAUCAAUGUCAUAUGAUCGGUACUUGGCAAUAUGCAAGCCCCUCCAAUAUACAAUUCUAAUGAGCAGAAGACUCUGCUUUGUGAUGUCAGCUGCAUCUUGGCUUUGUGGGAUAGCAGUUAUGACUUUAGUAACGGGUCUGAUGUCCCGGCUGAAAUAUUGUGGUCCCCAUGAAAUUGACCAUUUCCUUUGUGAUCUUGCACCAGUGAUUAAUCUAUCAUGCAGUGACACAACUCUGGUGACACUGGUGGCAUUCACAGCCUCUGUCAUCGACACUAUUCCCCCUUUUCUUCUGACCUUGCUGUCUUAUGUGUGUAUAAUUGCUGCCAUUGUACAAAUCCCUUCUUCUGAUGGGAGAAAAAAGGCCUUUUCCACCUGUUCUUCUCACCUUACUGUAGUUUCCAUAUUUUAUGGUUCACUGAUAUUUGUAUAUGCAUUACCAAAAAAAGAUGUUCUGAGAGAUGUUGACAAGUUCUUCUCAGUCUUCUAUACAGUCUUAACCCCUCUAAUCAAUCCCCUUAUCUAUAGUCUAAGAAACAAAGAGAUUAAAAAAGCUUUAAGGAGACUUGUAAAUAAAUAUAGGAAUUCUAAGUGA